GGGCGACGCCGAGCCCUGCGCCGCGCCCUGCUCGUGCCGCCGAGGCCUGCUGGACUGCAGCCGGCAGCGCCUGCCCAGCGGGCCGGGCCUGCGGAGGAUUCCGCCGCUGCCCGCCGGCACCACGGGGCUGGAUUUAAGUCAUAAUCAUCUAUUAUCAUCCAAUUGGAGUAUUGAUUUGUCUGUCCAUACUCUCCAAGAAGUCAAAAUGAAUUACAAUGAGCUAAGUGAAAUUCCGUAUUUUGGAGAAACAACUUCCAAUAUAACUCUUCUCUCAUUGGUGCACAAUGCCAUUCCAGAAAUAAAUGCUGAGCAACUCCAGGUCUACCUUUCAUUGGAAAAUCUAGAUCUUAGUUCUAAUCUUAUCUCAGAAAUUAAAGCCUCUUCCUUUCCACGAAUGCAACUGAAGUACCUGAAUCUGAGUAACAACAGAAUAACUACUCUAGAAGCAGGUUGCCUUGAUAACUUAUCUAGCUCACUAAUGGUGAUAAAACUGAACAGAAAUAGGAUUAGUAUGAUUCCACCAAAGAUCUUCAGAUUGCCUCAUGUGCAGUUUCUGGAACUGAAAAGGAACCGGAUUAAAAUAGUGGAAAGUCUUACAUUCCAAGGAUUGGAAUCCUUAAAAUCCUUGAAAAUGCAGCGCAAUGGGAUAAGCAGACUAAUGGAUGGAGCAUUCUUUGGCCUGGGUAAUAUAGAGGAAUUAGAACUGGAACACAAUAACUUAACAGAAGUAAACAAGGGCUGGCUGUAUGGGCUGCGGACAUUGCAACAACUCUAUGUUAGCCAGAAUGCCAUCACCAGGAUCAGCCCAGAUGCAUGGGAAUUCUGCCAAAGACUUGCUGAGCUAGACUUGUCAUACAAUCAGCUCACUCGCCUCAAGGAGUCUGCCUUUGUGGGACUUGGCUUAUUGGAGAAGCUAAAUCUGGGUGACAACCGCAUUAAUCACAUUGCUGAUGGUGUCUUUAGAGGUCUGAGAAAUCUCCAAACCUUGGACUUGCGGAACAAUGAGAUCUCCUGGGCCAUCGAAGAUGCAAAUGAAGCUUUUGUGGGACUCAGCAGGCUGGAUAAACUAAUCUUGCAAGGAAACCAAAUUAAGUCAAUUACCAAAAAAGCAUUCUCUGGUCUUGAAGGACUUGAACAUCUAGAUUUAAGCAACAAUGCAAUAAUGUCCAUCCAAGAAAAUGCCUUUGCCCAGGCUCACCUGAAGGAGCUAGUGUUGAACACAAGCAGUUUGCUUUGUGAUUGCCAGUUGAAAUGGCUGCCCCAGUGGCUUAGUGAGAGCCGUUUGCUGCAGGCUGUCAGUGUCAGCUGUGCUCACCCUGAGUGGUUGGCAGGACAAAGCCUUCUCAGUGUGGACCCUGAUGACUUUGUUUGUGAUAACUUCCCUAAACCGCAGAUCAGAGUCCACCCAGAAACCACAGUGGCCCUGCGAGGCACAAAUGUGACCCUGAUGUGCACUGCUGUGAGCAGCAGUGAUUCACCCAUGGCCACGGCCUGGCGCAAAGACAGCGAGCUCCUCUAUGAUGCAGAGGUUGAGAAUUUUGCCAGGUACCAGCAGCAAAGUGGGGAGGUGCUGGAAUACACCACUAUCCUGCACCUCUUCAAUGUGAAUUUCACUGAUGAAGGGAAAUACCAGUGCAUUGUCACCAAUCACUUUGGCUCCAAUUAUUCCAACAAAGCCAAGCUGACUGUCAAUGAGCUCCCUUCUUUCCUGAAAACUCCCAUGGAUCUCACUAUCCGCACUGGGGCAAUGGCCCGGCUGGAGUGUGCUGCCGAGGGCCACCCCCCACCACAGAUCUCCUGGCAGAAAGAUGGUGGCACAGACUUCCCUGCUGCAAGAGAGAGGAGGAUGCACGUCAUGCCUGAGGACGAUGUGUUCUUCAUUGCAAAUGUGAAGAUGGAAGACAUGGGGAUCUACAGCUGCAUGGCCCAGAACAUCGCAGGGGGACUCUCAGCCAAUGCUACCCUGACUGUGCUGGAAACUCCUUCCUUCAUGAGGCCCCUGGAGGACAGGACAGUGACCCGAGGUGAAACUGCUGUCCUGCAGUGCAUAGCUGGUGGCAGUCCUGCCCCUCGCCUCAACUGGACCAAGGACGAUGGUCCCUUGACGGUCACCGAGCGGCAUUUCUUCGCUGCAGCAAACCAGCUCCUCAUCAUAGUGGAUGCAGGACUGGAGGAUGCUGGGAAGUACACGUGCAUCAUGUCCAACACACUGGGCACUGAGCGUGGCCAUAUUUACCUAAAUGUCCUGGCUUCCCCCAACUGUGAUUCUUCGCAGAGUGCCAUUGUCCAUGAGGAGGAUGGCUGGACAACAGUAGGGAUCGUGAUUAUUGUUGUCGUGUGUUGUGUGGUGGGAACGUCCUUGGUGUGGGUUAUCGUCAUCUAUCACAUGAGGAGGAAGAAUGAAGAUUACAGCAUCACUAACACAGAGGAGAUGAACCUACCUGCUGACAUUCCCAGCUACCUCUCCUCCCAAGGAACACUGUCUGAGCCUCAGGAAGGCUACAGUAACUUGGAGGCAGGGAGCCAUCAGCAGCUGAUGCCUCCAGCUGGCAGCUACAUGCACAAAGGCACAGAUGGUGGUGCAGCACCAUUAGUGAUCUGCUCAGAUUGUUACGACAAUGCCAACAUCUUCUCCCGGAGCAGAGAGUACUGUCCCUAUGCCUUCGUCACCGAGGAGGACUCCCUGGAUCAUCCACUCCCGAAUCUCAUGGUGCAGAUGCCCAAGGAAAUGUACACAGCACACACUCAGAAUGAAACCAGUGCUCUGGGUAAUCUCUUAGCAGACAGAGAUGUGCCUGUUUUCCUUACCAACCAUGACAAAAAAAGUGAUAAGAAAAUCUCUUCCCAGCAGAUUUUUGAGCCCUUCCAGGUUCCUCUGUGGGGAGGCAGCAAAGACCUGGCUUGCUCUCACCCGCAAUUCCUGCACCGUCCAUUGGCCCUCGAGGCACCACAGCCACUCCAGAGUGACGGUAUCGCCAGCACUGACCAGGACCUGGCAUCACCCAGACCCUGCCACAGGCUACGGGAGGAGAAUUUUGAUUUUAACAGGACACGGAACAUUCAUGACCACAGUGAAACCACAUAAAACACUCACACAGCCUUCAAAGCAAAUCCAAAUUGACUGACUAUUUACUACCUCAGGAUUAACCCCAAGGCCAAAGAUGUUCAUGUAUGUGUCUGCAAGUACAAAACAGUCAAGACUCUCUUGGAGGAGAUGGCACAUGCCCUUUUUUCUGCAAUUUCUCCAUUGGAAGAUGAGAAUGUGCACCAGAGAACAUGUGGAUAAUUAGUGCAGUCUACAAAAAUAGCAUUAAAACAUGGAUUGUGUGAUGCUGGAAGCAGCCUUUGUGGUGGUGUGUGCUUUGGAAAGCUCUCAAGAACGUGUGUAGCUAUUUCACAGUGCUUCGUCUGCUUGGAAACAAACCAUCAGGGCCUCCUCGUGGAAUUCCCCCGGAACUGUAAGCGUAAAACUCUUGGCCAGCUUUUCCUUCCUUAGACUGUUGGCAGGUGUCUGUUGCCAGUCUAAGUUUGGGGCUUGUUUUCUUCUGUGAAUAAUGGACUCUAGUUGUAAAUAAACUUGCAUUUAUAAAUAUUUUGUAUACACUAAGCAUAUAAAUGUGUUGGCUGUAAUGUAAAUUAUUUUUUAUUAUGCCAAAAUAUAUGCCAUACUGUUAGUCUUGACAGCUGCAUAUCAAACCAUAUGGGGGGACUUGGGCGGACUGAAAGCUUGCUUGUGAGGGAAUAGAACUGUCUUUGUUUUGAAAAGAAGUGCAUUUACUUAUAGAUAUAUGGUAGAACUGUGAUAUUGAUGAAUUUCAUUGUUUCCUAAAACUGUGUGCCUGGCUGAUCUGGCUGCAAGCUGAUCCAUUUCAUGAUAUUAGCAGAAUUUCAAGGUUUAUCUAAGUUUUCAAGGUUUAUCUAAGCUUUCAUCUGUAAAAACCCCCUUUGUAUUGUGUCUGUUGAGAGGGUCUCCAUAUGUUUCCUAGUUGACAGUUAAAUGAACUUCUAAAAAUAAUGUGGUGAUGAAAAGCAUGAGGUAAAUUGAGAGAGGACUUGAUAAAUACUUAUUUCUUCUGCACAGCCAAAGGCAUAUGGAGUUUAAAACACUGGUCCUUUUCUGUUGUAAAAUAUCAGGCUAAAUUGUUGAAUUAAUAGUUCACUUAAACCUUAGUGUGGUCAAAAUGUUUAAAUAUUUGACAGGUGAGAAAUGAUACAAUGCAGGGAACCCCUCGCUACUGAAAAAUCUUGCUCAGACUUGAUAGUUCCAGUGAGAUGUGCCUGACAAAAUGAGGAAGAACAAUGACAUUAUGAACACUUCCUGAAAAGUUUUUUUAGGGGGAAAAAUGUCCCUUUUUGUUGAAGGUGUUGAAAGAGUCUUCAGAGAUGGGUUUUCAGCAGGUGCAUUGUGCUCUGUGGUCAUGCCUUUAGAGGGAGAUGCUUCCUUCCUGAUCACUACUGCCUGCUUUGGAGCUGUAGGAUUUGUACCCAGAUAUAACCAUCUGUGCAAUAUUUUUAUAAAGACAAAAUCCCCUUUUUGAUCCAGCUCAGUUGUAGGCAUGUGAGAAUUCCCAUUGAUCCACUCCUGGACUGAAGGGUUUGUCAUGCAGAGUCACAGCUGAAUUUAGAGACUGUGGUGAAGUAUUUGAGUAAAUGAGUGGGGAAACACUGGGAAUAAUGGUACUUUUCCCAUGGCUCUUGAGAUGGGAAUAAUAGUCAAAUCUUUGCAAGUGAGCAAAUAUUUUCAAGGGUUCUUCCCAUGCUCUUAAAGCCAGCGUGGCUGAUUUGGUAGACAGCAGCUUUAGUGGGAAGGGGAUCCAAUUGUCCUUGACCUUUGGGUAAAAUAGAGAGAAACACAGGUAUGUAAAUUUUUGUAUUCUGAUAGGUGAAAUGUUAAAAAAAAAUCAAUCUGAA